AUGCAGCUUUCAAGCUUUCGACAGUCCACGGCCAAUUGCAUGCUUCAAUCUCAGUUCUCCCGGCACUCAUUUAGGACCAUCCCAAGGCUCCCCGGUCAAGUCGUAUCAACCGCAGGCAGCAGACCAAGGAAGCGUGACUUCGCGUUCCUUAGACGCGUUCCGUGCCUCAUUCUCGUGUUGCCGCUAUCUCGAAUCGACUCAUCGCAAAGGCAACAACGAGCUCAAAGGCCACGAGACUUCCACAUCCUUAUCAUAUUUGUUGGAUUGUUCUCAGUCCUUUUUCUAAUCGGCUUUAUGGCAGAGCGGCGAAAUCUAGGAAAUCAGAAUGCCGGGCCGAAUUUCAAAGGGGUUGGGCCGCAAGAUGGCGAGGAGAAAAUUCCUGCUAUAUCGGCCUUUGAAAUCCAGACCAUGAAUCAUUUUUUGGAAGCUGCAAUGAGCGGCAUUAUGCCAGGUGGCGAGAAAACGUCGCUCCCUCUUUUUCCACAAGAAGGGAUGAAGUUCCUAGCCCAACCGUAUAAAGAUUGGGCUCCUGAACCCUUUUCGAAGAUGCCGGGGCCUUCGACUCCGUUUGGAGGCCAGAUGGAGACGAGUCCUCCCCCAAUGAUCAGGAUCAUGCAUAUUAUGAGCGGAUUGGAUUCUAUUAUGGAAGAUGCAUUCUCGUUGACGCCCCCUGAGACGGUGGGAAGGAGCUUCAAAUUGAUGAAAACAAAGAUCUGGUUUGGAAUUGCUCCAAUGUCGGAGGCUCAGUGGAAGUCCAAAGGUCUUGACGAGCAAGACAAUAUUGAAGAAGCACUUGCAGUCAUUGAAUUAGUGAUUGACGUCUGGACACAUCUUUGUACCCCUAAAAUCCAAGGAGAUAUUCGACAUGUGCACAACAAGAUGUGGGCCGAGAUUGACGUCUUUCAGGAUGCUCUAGUUGCUGAAGCUGGGUCACGUGGAGAGACAAUAGAGUAUAAUUUCACUCAACUGUGGCACGAAUACAUCAAAUCUUGGCUUUACACCCAUCUGAAGACCCUUCAGAAAGUCUGGAAGGACCGCUUCAUCGCCGUCAUGCAAUCGGGACGACAAAUUUCCGAAACCCAUGGUACCAUUCGCAUCGAUCACUAUGCCAUGAUGGUUCUAAACAAGAUCCAAGACAUCUAUCUCGAUGCAGAUAUCUAUGUCCGUCAGCGAACUGAAGGAUUCAUCACCGCUGAUCGGCGGAUCGAUCCUCGACUCGCACAGAUAGAAGCUCCGAAAGCGCAGUUGAACGCAGCUUAUGCUGGUAUCUUUGCAGAAAUGGAAGGAAAGAUGAGAGGCAUGAUGAAACAGAUGAUGGAUGCGAGAAUAGCAGAAAGACAUCGAGUUAUGCCGACGCCAGAUUUCUUGGAAGCGCCUAGUUUGGUGACUGAUCGAGAAUUUGUUCACAAGGGCUUGAGUUACGAGAUUGACGCGCCAUUGGAGAGGAAAGUUGAAGGGUGGGUGAGGGAGAGGAUGGAGGACAAGGUUGAGGAGUUUGGAUUUGUGGUUUAUAGGCUGUCUUAUAGUGGGAGUGAGGAUGAGUGGAGUAAGGCUGUGAAGAUGAUAGAGGAUGGAAUUAACAGUGGUUGGGAGGGUAUCAAAGAUGCCGACAAAAUCAAAGGAAAAGCGAGACUGCAUUGGAUCGAUGGGAGGGAAGAGAUGAUUGCCGAAGGAAAUAUGGAUGGAGCGAGGAAGGACUUCCAAACCAUCACCAGUCUCCCGACUUUCCCCUCAAAUCUCUCAAAAACAGUCUUUUUAGCAGUAACACCAAAUGCGCUCUCCUCUUUCGAUCCUUCUGCAGCACCUCCGUCGGAUCCUCUACCACCACUAUUCGACACUAGCUCAACAACUACCGAAAAGAACACACUUGCCUCAGCAGGUGAUUUCCGCCCUUUCCUCCACGCGAUCGACGCUUCUUACUCUCCCGAGUCGUCAGAAGCCUCAGCCUCAAACCCAACAUCAACUACUCAACCAAAAACCGAGCGCAAAUUCCCUAAAGGUUACACAGGCACCUUCCCCAUCCUCGACCAAUUAGUGUGGAGCGACCUUCUCGGUCUUCAUGUCGCGGGCGGGAGAGUCGGUUUGGAAGACAUGUGGGCAUUGAGUUUGCAGCAUCCUUGGGGUGUGUAUGUUGGUCCCACGACUGGGGUUAGGCGGAGGGAGUGGAGAGAGAUGAGAGAGGGGAUGGGUGUUUUGCUGGAUAAGGGGAAGAAUGGUGGAUGUGUGACGAGUUAA